UAAGCUCACCACCACAAACGCAAUCAAACGCACCCAAGAAAGCGAGAGAAAUGCAUAGACUAGCAAAGUCCACCACCACUACCACUCUACUCCGAACCCUCCACUCCUCCAAUCCCUCGCCAUUCUCUCUCCUCAACCACCAUCACCGCCGCCUUUCCACUUCCUCCGGCAACAAAAACAAAAAUGACGAAUGGAACGCCGCAUGGGAAACUGCCUGGCUUCCCGACGACCUCUCCGGAAAAAACACCCGCGCGCCUUGGGAGUCAGACGUCAACUUCGGCCUUACCCACGACUCCGCUGCCGAUGCAGACGCCGAGACGAAGGCGUUUGUGGAAGACAUGAAUGAAAACUGGGAACACCGCCGCAAGAACAAAGAUAAAUUGAAACGGGAGGAGGAAGUGAAGAAGGAAGAUGGUGAAAAUGGUGGUGGGUUGUAUAGUUUGGAGAAUGUAAAAAGGGAUUACAGGUUGAAGAAACAGCGGAUUCAUGCUGGACUUUGGAUGAAAGAGAUUGAGCUUCUUGAAGAAGCUAAGUUGGGUGGAGGUUCCGGUGAUGAUAUUGAUAGGCUUCUUGAUAGCUGCUCUGAGAUAUUUGACUCUGCUAGCAAUAAUCUGAAUGAUCCGAAAGUUCCCGGCACUUCUGAGUAUAAAAACAAGCCUGAUGGUUGGGAGUCUACAUCCAAAUCUGAAGAUGGCAAUGUAUGGGAUAUGUCACAGAGAGAAGAGGACAUCCUUCUACAAGAAUUUGAGCGUCGAAUGGCAUUUUGCAAGUUUCAGAUAGCAAGUUUUAUAAAGACACACAUAUUUAGCAGGAGGAGACCAAUUGACGGGUGGAGAUACAUGAUUGAGGUGAUUGGACCGAAUGCCAGAAAAGGUAAGGGUAGUGUUUCGAGGUUACCAGGCCUUGCAGAUCCUGCAACUCGCCCAUUCACAGAGGACAGACCACCAACAACUGGUGUUGGUGGUCGUCUCUCCCGUAGGCCCAGAUGAAGUUGAUCUUCAACUCUAAUGUCCAAACUUCAAGUGUUGAUUGGAUCAUGCCUCGUAGGAAAGGCCACCGUCAUCAUCAUCAUCAUCUGUAAUUUCUGCUGCUAGUCUGCUACUUCUGUACAUUGGCAUCAUCUUUUAGUCAAAUGAGAUCUUUCUGCGCUGCUCCAUUUCUACAUUAGACGCUUUCCGGAGUUCUCUGUCAAGAUUUAUAGACAACAAAGAAUUUGUACUGGUAGAUCAUGUUCACAUAGCUUCUUGUAUUUAUGAGUUUUAUUUAUGUUUAAUCUAGGCACAAGAAACUACUCGUUCCCAUUUAACAAAUCAUGGAGCUUUUUCAGUGAUAUAUUCAUAUCUUGGUUUGCUGUA